AUGGAGCACGACGAAAAGGCGCUAUCUGUCGACUACCUGAGGUCGUACCAACAACAGGUGAAGAGGGCGUCUAAGAUCGUUAUAGUGGGCGGAGGAGCGGUUGGAGUUCAAAUGGCCACAGACUUGAAGGAGGUCUACCCGGAGAAAGAUGUUACUCUCAUCCACUCUCGGGACAGGCUCAUGCAGCUCUACCAUCCCAAGAUGGAUAAGGUUAUUAGGGAUCGGUUUGACGAGCUUGGAGUGAAGGUAAUAACCGGGGUACGCGCUGUUGUUCCCGAGGGAGGGUUCCCGAGUGAUGGAACACCUUUCGAGCUCGAGUUGAAAGACUCCAGGAGAAUCCCGGCCGACCUCGUCAUUCCGGCCACUGGCCAGACCCCAAACAACCAGUUCGUAGAGACUUUAGAACCUACGACCGAAACACCCAUCAUAAACCCUGCGAACGGAUUCCUCAACGUCCAGCCAACUCUCCAGCUGAAGGACCCAGCCUAUCCCAACAUCUUCGCUGCUGGCGAUAUCGCUGAUACCGGAGCGCACAAGGCGGCACGGCCUGGAAUGGCCCAGGCCGAAGUUGUGGCAAAAAAUAUCUUUGCCAUGAUUGAAGGACACGAACCAAGUGAAAAGCUCCAAAUAAACCCUCCAGCGAUCCACUUGACCUUGGGUCUGAAAAAGAAUAUGAUUUUCAGGAACCCGGCGACGGCCAGCGGAGCUACCGAACCGUUUAUCAACAUGAAAGAGGAUGGCGCGGAGGAUAUGAAGAUCGAGAGUGUUUGGGAGAGACGGGGAGUCAGAGCGGUCAAGCCAGAUGAUUACCACCUGCCCAGUUCGACACCAAGUGGAACAAAAACAGGAAACUGGGCUGACUGGUACUACCAAUGCGUGCCGGGUGCGGCUCCGACAACGCCCUCAACCACCUCCACAUCCAAGUCUUCCUCUGCCGGCGUGACCACAACCCCUGGUACUGUCUCUAGCUCCCGCUCUACUCUCCAGACGAGCACACGGACCGGAACUGGCUCCUCCGCCGGACCGACCCUUGUCAGCGGAUGGUACUGGAUCCGUGCCGUCGCCGAGCCCAAUUACCACAAGUACCUCCAGUCGAAGCCGGCCGGUUCACCCUCCGCCGCAUACCUCGACGAUGGUGCCAACGCUGGCCAAUUCAACAUCGUCAACGGGCAGCUAGUCUUCAAUACCGGGUCCACGACAUUGUACAUGCACGUCGAGAACCCGUCCGACAAGACGCAGAGGGUUUUGGAGACGUGGUUCGAUGCGACGCCGAACAGCUACGGCAAGUUCGCCUUCCAGGGCGAUACUCUCACGUGGCAUGCCGACGAUAUUUCGCGGCAGAACGAGGCGGCGUGGUAUGUCUGUGAGGGCCAGCAGCUGUUCAUUAAUACUGGCGCCUACCUGUACCAAACGCCUGCAGGGUGUGCGGACCAGACCAUUCACUCGUAUGGUGGUUCGACAGCGGACCUCUAG